AUGCCAAAAGACCUCAAAUCCCGCAAGAAAGAACGAAGGCGUCUUAGAAAGGAGCAACAGACACUUAGAAUCGAGAAGCCAGACAUACCUAAGGAAAGUCCCGAUGAACGACGAUCUCGUAAGAAGAAACGACGCUCUGAAAAAAAGGAGUCCCUUGACACUAUUCGGACGACACUAUUCAGCCUCCACAACAGCAUUAUAAACAGGAACAGAACGACAUCAAUAGAGAAACGAGAAUUCUGCUCCAGGAUGGGCAAUCUAUACAGCAACAUGCUCGAGCUUGCCUUCGAAUUGGGCACCACAGAGGAAGAUACUGAAAUGGAGUGGCAACACGAGCCAACAAACCCUGUACACCUGGUUAGCACGGCCGAGGAGAUGGCUUGUUAUCCUGACGGAGCCGUCAUUCGGCCCUGGCAGACGGCUUCCACCCCAAAUUGCCCCAGCACUCCGAGCAGCGAUCCCAGCACCCCGAGCAGCGAUCCCAGCACUCCGAGCAGUAGUUCCAGCAUCCCGAGCAACAGUUUGGUUGGGCAGCGGUGUGAAUUUAUAAGAGAGAUCCUUUAA